UAUGAGUCAACUAUGAAGUUCAACUAAUAACCAUAGACUGCUGAAAUGGAUGCGUGACAAGCCAACGCGAUCUAAGACGUCCGUUAAUGCAAGUUAGUUCAUUUAUUUCGACACAGUGCUAAAUCGAGAGGCCAGUAGCUCAGUGGGACAUCAGACUGGCGGUACUUUUCUUGCCAGAGACUGCUGAAACGGAUAUACAUGCCUUACUUACAUCGGGAAGCCAGUGGCCCAGUGCGACAUCAGACUAACGUACUUAGCGUCAGUUCAACUUAGGUCAUUGUAUACGGAAAACAGCUGAAACGGACAUAUUACAUCGGGAAGCCAGCGGCCCAGUCCGACAUCAGACUGGCGUCAGCUCAACGUAGGUCAUUGUUUGCCGAAGACUGCUGAAACGGAAAUAUUACAUCGGGAAGCCAGCGCGACAUAAGACUGUUGUGAACACAAGUUUGGUCAUUCUUUGCUAUACACUGCUCAAUGCUGCAUGAAACUCAGGUUAUAUCGGGAAGAGUUAGUGCAUUAUAAGACAUUUAUUUGUAAUAUUCUGAUCUGCAAUAUUAUUUUACUUUCUGUAUCUGGUAUGGAAGCUUUUACUAACGUUGGUUAUCUCGCCUUAUGGAUGAUACUACUUUUAAGUAUAUCAAAAGAAAAUGAAGGAUCGCAGUAUAAUAGAAAUCGCCGCUCACAGAAUGAAGCAAGGGGGUACACAAUUGUAGAAAAAGAUGGAGAAUAUUUCGUUGUGUUCACCAAUCGGCACACAAAUCGGGCGAGCUUUAAUGACCCAAAUUGGAAAUAUCAGCAAUAUUUGGGUAGCAGCCGAAUCCGUGCAGCCCACAGAAUUGAUGAUGUUUGGAAAAAGGGAUAUGCUGGAAAAAAUAUAACCGUGGCGGUUGUUGACAAUGGAAUUAAGUAUACGCACAAGGAAUUCGAAGGUCGUUAUCUCCCACGAUUAAGCUACGAUUAUGUUGACCAGGAUUCAGACCCUACGCCAUCUGACAGUCGUGGUACAAAGUGUGCUGGUGUUAUUGCUGGUGCAGCAAACAAUGGAAUAUGUGGUGUUGGUGUGGCAUACGAAGCCAAUAUUGCAGGUAUUCGACUAAUAGACAGAGGUUUGCCUAAUGACACUGAUGUGGCAAAGGCAUUCUACCCAUUUGAUGGCCAUAAAAUUGAUAUAUUCUCCAACAGCUGGGGUCCACCCGAUAAUGGUUUUGUUAUCGCCGGUCCUGGACCACUGUCUUUGGCGGCAUUGAGAAAGGGUGCAAAUGAGGGACGAGGAGGUCUUGGUUCAAUUUAUGUUUUUUCUGCUGGAAAUGGUGGAUUUUUUGGAGAUAGUUGCGCUUUUAAUGGUUUUGUUAAUAGCAUCUACAGCAUCCCUGUUGGCGCAGUGAAUCGAAAUGGAAGACCUUUAACCAGUUCUGAGGCAUGCAGCGCUGUUAUGACUUCUGCUUAUUCUGUUAAUUUGGAAACGGCUUCAAGUACCAACGAUCAAUCUUGUGACUCAAGAUUUGGUGAAACAUCCGCCGCCAGCGCUUUGGUAUCAGGAGUUAUUGCUCUAGCAUUGGAGGCAAAGAAAACUUUAACAUGGCGUCAACUACAGCACUUAAUAGUAAAAUCCAGUAGGAGUGACGUAAUCGACAGAAGUGUAAAAUGGACCGUAAACAAAGCAGGAUUUCGAGUGAGUAACAAGGUUGGAUUUGGAUUUCUUGAUGCUUCGCGGAUGGUAGAAAAUGCUGAAAAAUACACAGCAUUACCACGACAGAUUAAAUGCGAAGUUGAACUUCAAAUUGGUGCAAGUAAAUAUAAGAGAUUGCUGAGAGGGAGGGACAAUUCAUUUGAUAUUGAAGUUGGUAGAGAUCAAUGCCGCGGUGGAGUGAUCAAUUAUUUGGAACAUGUCGAGGCAAGAUUUGAUUUUAGGUAUUUCAGACGUGGUGUGAUUGGUGCUUACAUUACUUCACCAGGGGGAACCGAGUCCCAAGUAAUAUUUCCUCGUUCGCUUGACGCCUACGUUGGUAAAAGGCGCUACAAAAAUUUGAGAACAGUUAGUGUGCACUUUUGGGGUGAAUCGUCAGAAGGAACAUGGACUGUAACUCUUAGGAAUGAUCUUCCAUCCUUCCCAGAAUCAAACCGAUAUAAAGGCCGGCUGUUUGGAUUUACUCUAAUUCUACAUGGCACAGCACGAAGGCCGUCAUUUUCUGAGACACCGAGGAAGAAUUUGCAAGUGAAAAGCAAACCCAGAGUGUUCAAUUCAUGCAAAGAAAUAAAGCAGAGUCAAAGUUCGUCUGCAAAUGGUCUUUACCAAAUCAGUGUUGGGCAAAAUCAAAAGACGGACGUGUACUGCCAGAUGUCGUCUAUCCCAGGUUGUUCUGGUGGUGGGUGGACGAUGGUGAUGAAAAUUGAUGGAAGAAAGGAUACGUUCCGAUACAGCUCCAGUUAUUGGACGAACAAGUACGUUUACAAUGAUAAUGACCGUGGGAAAAAAGGAGGUUUUGACAACAUAGAAUUCAAGGGACAAACAUUUUGGAAAACUUCAUUCAAUGAAAUUUGUGUUGUUAUGAAAUAUGGUGGUCAACUCAGAGGUUUAUCUUUCUCGCAUCGAGCAUCGUCCUUGUUUAGUCUGUUUGCAGACGGCAGGUAUCGACAAACCCACAUCGGCCGAUCAAAUUGGAGGCGCCUAAUCUACCGCUCAUCCUUACAGCGCAACUGCAACAGAGAGGGAUUUAACGUGUACUCUACAGAUAGGAAUGUACGCGUUCGGUUGGGCCUGAUAGCAAACCAGCAAAGUCACUGUGGCUCCCCUGACUCUUUUAUAGGUGUGGGAGGUGGGGGUAUUAAACAACUUUGUAGUACCCGUAUUGCUACUCUUAACACCGCAGGAAAUUACGCUAUUUGUUUACCAGACAAUGGAGAAAAGAACGCCAAAGCAAUGGGAUACCUAUUGAUUCGUUAGAAUACAUCAUUGAAAAAGACAACUGAUUUAUGCUUAUUAACCAUAAUGGCAAGGAAUUUUUCUCACGGACGGCGUAAUUUUCAUACAAGGAUCUGGAUUUUUUUAAACAUUUGUUUUAUAGACAAAGACAUAGCGUAUUAACAUAUAAUAGUAUAAUCGAUAAUCGAACUGGUAGUUUUCAAUCGAUAAUGAAUUUGGAUGGUCAAGCAAAUAAAUAUUUUAAUUGAAGAUGAGUUGUUUUAGGAGCAUUAGAAUAUUUAUCUAUCAGAGCAAAAGUACCCUGUCUGUUGAACACUUAAAAGACAUAAUUCUAUUUAAACAACCAUCCCAAUGAAACUAUUCUCACACACU